CCAAGAUUCUCAAACCAUAUGAAAGCGAAAUAAAAUUCGAAAUAAGAAAUUCUAGUGAGUUCAAAGAUUUUAUCAUUACUAUCUACAUGGAAGAUGAAUUAAUGGUACGUUUUGGUGUUUGUUCAUUGUUCACUAAUGUUCCUAUUACGAAGGAUUUAGAUAUUGCGAAUAAACUCUUAGAUUCCAUCACUCAACGUAAACAACGAUGUUUAUUAGGUCCCUCAAACAUUACUAAAGCUAUGGAUCUAUGUUUAUAUUCAACUUUUUUCAAUUUUCGAGAUUUGUACAGGCAAACAAAAGGUGAGGCUAUGGGAUUACAGGUUUCUCCAAUUAUCGAUAACUUACUUAUACAUUCAUCGGAAACAAGUGCUGUCUCAAAGUACCCCCUUUCACCAAAAAUAUGGUUAAGGUACGUACAUGACACUUUUGUCAUCAUAAAAGGAGAUGGAUUAGACGAACUGUUUAUAAACAUCAACAGUUUAUCCGACAAAAUCCAAUUCACUAGGAAGUUGGAAUCCGCUGAACACAGAUUACCUUUUCUGGAUUGUUUGGUUCAAAAGAGAAUGUAAUGAUUGUUUAAAAAUACUAGGUGAAAUAUCCAAAUUACAAGUCAACACAUGUCCGUUCUACCAAAGCGACAGUGACCAAGAAUUCGGUAACCAAAGUUUAAAAAACUCGUCAAUAAACCAAGUGAUAAAGAAACUGAAAUGAAUUUAUUUGUGUCCACUCUGAUGAUGAAUAAUUAUCCUAUGGGUUUUAUAGAAAGAAUAAUUAAGAAAGAAUACGAAAAAGACAAGAAAAUAGAUAAACAAAAAGAAUGGGUUAGCACAGCGGUGAUCCCAUAUCGUAAAG